AUGGCCCCUCGCUCACUUCCUUCCCUCAGCCAUGGCCCCUCGCUCACUUCCCUCAGCCGCCGUGGCCCCUCGCUCACUUCCUUCCCUCAGCCGUGGCCCCUCGCUCACUUCCUUCCCUCAGCCAUGGCCCCUCGCUCACUUCCUUCCCUCAGCCAUGGCCCCUCGCUCACUUCCUUCCCUCAGCCGUGGCCCCUCGCUCACUUCCUUCCUUCCCUCAGCCGUGGCCCCUCGCUCACUUCCUUCCCUCAGCCGUGGCCCCUGGCUCACUUCCUUCCCUCAGCCGUGGCCCCUCGCUCACUUCCUUCCUUCCCUCAGCCAUGGCCCCUCGCUCACUUCCUUCUCUCAGCCAUGGCCCCUCGCUCACUUCCUUCCCUCAGCCGUGGCCCCUCGCUCACUUCCUUCCCUCAGCCGUGGCCCCUCGCUCACUUCCUUCCCUCAGCCGUGGCCCCUCGCUCACUUCCUUCCCUCAGCCGUGGCCCCUCGCUCACUUCCUUCCCUCAGCCGUGGCCCCUCGCUCACUUCCUUCCCUCAGCCGCCAUGGCCCCUCGCUCACUUCCUUCCCUCAGCCGUGGCCCCUCGCUCACUUCCUUCCCUCAGCCAUGGCCCCUCGCUCACUUCCUUCCCUCAGCCGUGGCCCCUCGCUCACUAUCUUCCCUCAGCCGUGGCCCCUCGCUGACUUCCUUCCUUCCCUCAGCCAUGGCCCCUCGCUCACUUCCUUCCCUCAGCCGUGGCCCCUCGCUCACUUCCUUCCUUCCCUCAGCCGUGGCCCCUCGCUCACUUCCUCCCCUCAGCCGCCGUGGCCCCUCGCUCACUUCCUUCCCUCAGCCGUGGCCCCUCGCUCACUUCCUUCCCUCAGCCAUGGCCCCUCGCUCACUUCCUUCCCCCAGCCGUGGCCCCUCGCUCACUUCCUUCCCUCAGCCAUGGCCCCUCGCUCACUUCCUUCCCUCAGCCGUGGCCUCUCGCUUACUUCCUUCCCUCAGCCGUGGCCCCUCGCUCACUUCCUUCCCUCAGCCGCCGUGGCCCCGCGCUCACUUCCUUCCCUCAGCCGUGGCCCCUCGCUCACUUCCCUCCCUCAGCCGUGGCCCCUCGCUCACUUCCUUCCCUCAGCCGUGGCCCCUCGCUCACUUCCUUCCCUCAGCCGUGGCCCCUCGCUCACUUCCUUCCUUCCCUCAGCCGUGGCCCCUUGCUCACUUCCUUCCCUCAGCCGUGGCCCCUCGCUCACUUCCUUCCUUCCCUCAGCCGUGGCCCCUCGCUCACUUCCUUCCUUCCCUCAGCCGUGGCCCCUCGCUCACUUCCUUCCUUCCUUCAGCCGUGGCCCCUCGCUCACUUCCUUCCUUCCCUCAGCCGUGGCCCCUGGCUCAUUUCCUUCCCUCAGCCGUGGCCCCUCGCUCACUUCCUUCCCUCAGCCGUGGCCCCUCUCUCACUUCCUUCCCUCAGCCAUGGCCCCUCGCUCACUUCCUUCCCUCAGCCAUGGCCUCUCGCUCACUUCCUUCCCUCAGCCGUGGCCCCUCGCUCACUUCCUUCCCUCAGCCGCCGUGGCCCCUCGCUCACUUCCUUCCCUCAGCCGUGGCCCCUCGCUCACUUCCUUCCCUCAGCCGUGGCCCCUCGCUCACUUCCUUCCCUCAGCCGUGGCCCCUCGCUCACUUCCUUCCCUCAGCCGUGGCCCCUCGCUCACUUCCUUCCUUCCCUCAGCCGUGGCCACUCGCUCACUUCCUUCCCUCAGCCGUGGCCCCUCGCUCACUUCCUUCCUUCCCUCAGCCGUGGCCCCUCGCUCACUUCCUUCCUUCCCUCAGCCGUGGCCCCUCGCUCACUUCCUUCCUUCCCUCAGCCGUGGCCCCUCGCUCACUUCCUUCCUUCCCUCAGCCGUGGCCCCUCGCUCACUUCCUUCCUUCCCUCAGCCGUGGCCCCUCGCUCACUUCCUUCCUUCCCUCAGCCGUGGCCCCUGGCUCAUUUCCUUCCCUCAGCCGCCAUGGCCCCUCGCUCACUUCCUUCCCUCAGCCGCCAUGGCCCCUCGCUCACUUCCUUCCCUCAGCCGUGGCCCCUCGCUCACUUCCUUCCUUCCCUCAGCCGUGGCCCCUCGCUCACUUCCUCCCCUCAGCCGCCGUGGCCCCUCGCUCACUUCCUUCCCUCAGCCGUGGCCCCUCGCUCACUUCCUCCCCUCAGCCGCCGUGGCCCCUCGCUCACUUCCUUCCCUCAGCCAUGGCCCCUCGCUCACUUCCUUCCCCCAGCCGUGGCCCCUCGCUCACUUCCUUCCCUCAGCCAUGGCCCCUCGCUCACUUCCUUCCCUCAGCCGUGGCCUCUCGCUCACUUCCUUCCCUCAGCCGUGGCCCCUCGCUCACUUCCUUCCCUCAGCCGCCGUGGCCCCUCGCUCACUUCCUUCCCUCAGCCGUGGCCCCUCGCUCACUUCCUUCCCUCAGCCGUGGCCCCUCGCUCACUUCCUUCCCUCAGCCGUGGCCCCUCGCUCACUUCCUUCCCUCAGCCGUGGCCCCUCGCUCACUUCCUUCCUUCCCUCAGCCGUGGCCCCUUGCUCACUUCCUUCCCUCAGCCGUGGCCCCUCGCUCACUUCCUUCCUUCCCUCAGCCGUGGCCCCUCGCUCACUUCCUUCCUUCCCUCAGCCGUGGCCCCUCGCUCACUUCCUUCCUUCCCUCAGCCGUGGCCCCUCGCUCACUUCCUUCCUUCCCUCAGCCGUGGCCCCUGGCUCAUUUCCUUCCCUCAGCCGUGGCCCCUCGUUCACUUCCUUCCCUCAGCCGCCAUGGCCCCUCGCUCACUUCCUUCCCACAGCCGUGGCCCCUCGCUCACUUCCUUCCUUCCCUCAGCCGCCGUGGCCCCUCGCUCACUUCCUUCCCUCAGCCGUGGCCCCUCUCUCACUUCCUUCCCUCAGCCAUGGCCCCUCGCUCACUUCCUUCCCUCAGCCAUGGCCUCUCGCUCACUUCCUUCCCUCAGGCGUGGCCCCUCGCUCACUUCCUUCCCUCAGCCGCCGUGGCCCCUCGCUCACUUCCUUACCUCAGCCGUGGCCCCUCGCUCACUUCCUUCCUUCCCUCAGCCGUGGCCCCUCGCUCACUUCCUUCCUUCCCUCAGCCGUGGCCCCUCGCUCACUUCCUUCCUUCCCUCAGCCGUGGCCCCUCGCUCACUUCCUUCCUUCCCUCAGCCGUGGCCCCUCGCUCACUUCCUUCCUUCCCUCAGCCGUGGCCCCUCGCUCACUUCCUUCCUUCCCUCAGCCGUGGCCCCUGGCUCAUUUCCUUCCCUCAGCCGCCAUGGCCCCUCGCUCACUUCCUUCCCUCAGCCGUGGCCCCUCGCUCACUUCCUUCCUUCCCUCAGCCGCCGUGGCCCCUCGCUCACUUCCUUCCCUCAGCCGUGGCCCCUCGCUCACUUCCUUCCCUCAGCCAUGGCCCCUCGCUCACUUCCUUCCCUCAGCCGUGGCCCCUCUCUCACUUCCUUCCCUCAGCCAUGGCCCCUCGCUCCCUUCCUUCCCUCAGCCAUGGCCUCUCGCUCACUUCCUUCCCUCAGCCGUGGCCCCUCGCUCACUUCCUUCCCUCAGCCGCCAUGGCCCCUCGCUCACUUCCUUCCCUCAGCCGCCAUGGCCCCUCGCUCACUUCCUUCCCUCAGCCGUGGCCCCUCGCUCACUUCCUUCCUUCCCUCAGCCGUGGCCCCUCGCUCACUUCCUCCCCUCAGCCGCCGUGGCCCCUCGCUCACUUCCUUCCCUCAGCCGUGGCCCCUCGCUCACUUCCUUCCCUCAGCCGUGGCCCCUCGCUCACUUCCUUCCCUCAGCCGUGGCCCCUCGCUCACUUCCUUCCCUCAGCCGUGGCCCCUCGCUCACUUCCUUCCCUCAGCCGUGGCCCCUCGCUCACUUCCUUCCCUCAGCCGUGGCCCCUCGCUCACUUCCUUCCUUCCCUCAGCCGUGGCCCCUUGCUCACUUCCUUCCCUCAGCCGUGGCCCCUCGCUCACUUCCUUCCUUCCCUCAGCCGUGGCCCCUCGCUCACUUCCUUCCUUCCCUCAGCCGUGGCCCCGCGCUCACUUCCUUCCUUCCCUCAGCCGUGGCCCCUCGCUCACUUCCUUCCUUCCCUCAGCCGUGGCCCCUGGCUCAUUUCCUUCCCUCAGCCGUGGCCCCUUGCUCACUUCCUUCCCUCAGCCGCCAUGGCCCCUCGCUCACUUCCUUCCCACAGCCGUGGCCCCUCGCUCACUUCCUUCCUUCCCUCAGCCGCCGUGGCCCCUCGCUCACUUCCUUCCCUCAGCCGUGGCCUCUCGCUCACUUCCUUCCCUCAGCCGUGGCCCCUCGCUCACUUCCUUCCCUCAGCCGCCGUGGCCCCUCGCUCACUUCCUUCCCUCAGCCGUGGCCCCUCGCUCACUUCCUUCCCUCAGCCGUGGCCCCUCGCUCACUUCCUUCCCUCAGCCGUGGCCCCUCGCUCACUUCCUUCCCUCAGCCGUGGCCCCUCGCUCACUUCCUUCCUUCCCUCAGCCGUGGCCACUCGCUCACUUCCUUCCCUCAGCCGUGGCCCCUCGCUCACUUCCUUCCUUCCCUCAGCCGUGGCCCCUCGCUCACUUCCUUCCUUCCCUCAGCCGUGGUCCCUCGCUCACUUCCUUCCUUCCCUCAGCCGUGGCCCCUCGCUCACUUCCUUCCUUCCCUCAGCCGUGAGCCCUCGCUCACUUCCUUCCUUCCCUCAGCCGUGGCCCCUGGCUCAUUUCCUUCCCUCAGCCGCCAUGGCCCCUCGCUCACUUCCUUCCCUCAGCCGCCAUGGCCCCUCGCUCACUUCCUUCCCUCAGCCGUGGCCCCUCGCUCACUUCCUUCCUUCCCUCAGCCGCCGUGGCCCCUCGCUCACUUCCUUCCCUCAGCCGUGGCCCCUCGCUCACUUCCUUCCCUCAGCCAUGGCCCCUCGCUCACUUCCUUCCCUCAGCCGUGGCCCCUCUCUCACUUCCUUCCCUCAGCCAUGGCCCCUCGCUCCCUUCCUUCCCUCAGCCAUGGCCUCUCGCUCACUUCCUUCCCUCAGCCGUGGCCCCUCGCUCACUUCCUUCCCUCAGCCGCCAUGGCCCCUCGCUCACUUCCUUCCCUCAGCCGCCAUGGCCCCUCGCUCACUUCCUUCCCUCAGCCGUGGCCCCUCGCUCACUUCCUUCCUUCCCUCAGCCGUGGCCCCUCGCUCACUUCCUCCCCUCAGCCGCCGUGGCCCCUCGCUCACUUCCUUCCCUCAGCCGUGGCCCCUCGCUCACUUCCUUCCCUCAGCCGUGGCCCCUCGCUCACUUCCUUCCCUCAGCCGUGGCCCCUCGCUCACUUCCUUCCCUCAGCCGUGGCCCCUCGCUCACUUCCUUCCCUCAGCCGUGGCCCCUCGCUCACUUCCUUCCCUCAGCCGUGGCCCCUCGCUCACUUCCUUCCUUCCCUCAGCCGUGGCCCCUUGCUCACUUCCUUCCCUCAGCCGUGGCCCCUCGCUCACUUCCUUCCUUCCCUCAGCCGUGGCCCCUCGCUCACUUCCUUCCUUCCCUCAGCCGUGGCCCCGCGCUCACUUCCUUCCUUCCCUCAGCCGUGGCCCCUCGCUCACUUCCUUCCUUCCCUCAGCCGUGGCCCCUGGCUCAUUUCCUUCCCUCAGCCGUGGCCCCUUGCUCACUUCCUUCCCUCAGCCGCCAUGGCCCCUCGCUCACUUCCUUCCCACAGCCGUGGCCCCCUCGCUCACUUCCUUCCUUCCCUCAGCCGCCGUGGCCCCUCGCUCACUUCCUUCCCUCAGCCGUGGCCUCUCGCUCACUUCCUUCCCUCAGCCGUGGCCCCUCGCUCACUUCCUUCCCUCAGCCGCCGUGGCCCCUCGCUCACUUCCUUCCCUCAGCCGUGGCCCCUCGCUCACUUCCUUCCCUCAGCCGUGGCCCCUCGCUCACUUCCUUCCCUCAGCCGUGGCCCCUCGCUCACUUCCUUCCCUCAGCCCCGUGGCCCCUCGCUCACUUCCUUCCUUCCCUCAGCCGUGGCCCCUCGCUCACUUCCUUCCUUCCCUCAGCCGUGGUCCCUCGCUCACUUCCUUCCUUCCCUCAGCCGUGGCCCCUCGCUCACUUCCUUCCUUCCCUCAGCCGUGA